AUUUUAACUUUUCAUUUAAAAUAAUUCGAAAUGCAAUUUAACACUUGAAAUGGAUGGCCUAUAUCUUAUGCAAUGUUGCAACAGCAUUUAGGCUACUGUUUCCAGUGCGUACAUGAGCUGGCCUAAUUGACAGCUGAAUCAGCAGGUGUGUGAUGUAACUUCCGCGUGGCGUAAGCUGCUCUACAUUGUAACAAUUCAGUGGGGAAAUUAUUAUAACAGUGUAUCAUGUUUAUUACUAGGCUAUAAUUAUCCCCUUAAUUCAGAGAGAUUCAUGCAUAUGACAUACAUGGGCAGAUGUAUGGAGGGUGAUUAGGGCCAGUUCGAAAUUGCUAAAUAGGAAUGUGAAAUGAUACAUCCAUUUUCAUUUUUCAUCAGUGCGCAAGAUUCAUGCCACAAUUAAAUUGCAGUUUUAAAUGAAAAUAGAAAAUGGUUAAAGGAGAAUUGUAAAUGGUAAACAGAUUCUAAAUAAACAUGGUAAAUGGAAAAAGCCAAAUGGUAAACAGAAAUUCGUAAAUGCAAUCUUCAUAGUGAAAUUGAAAUAGAUAUUUUCAUUUGUCAACUACCCAAUUAAGAAUUCUAUUUUCAAUUAACAAUGUCAAUGUGUAUGCAAAUUACUUCUUGGAGGCAUGCACCAGGAGAGCAACACCACACCCCCAUGUAGUAGUUCACCCGAGCCAUGCCAUGCUGUACAUUAAUUUGAGACUAGUGGAACCAACUAACAGGGUGCGAACCCAGGUCUUCUGCGCACCAAAAAAGCAUAGGCCCACUAAGCUGAAGCCUAGGCAUUGAUACUGGAUGCAACUCUUCAUGUCUCAGCUCCAAGGGACCAUGUGCUGUACAGCAACCGAUCACAGAUCAAUUCCAGUCUGAGGAAUUACGAGGAUGCACUUCAUGAUGCAGAGAUGGCAUGCAAACUCAUGCCUCUUUGGUCAAAGGGACAUAUUAGAAAAGCACACGCUUUAGUCUGUCUUGGGAAAUGUGAAGAAGCGUUAAGAGAGUACCUGGUCGUCAUUACAUUAGAUCCUGAAAGUAAACUGGCAAAAAGAAAGGCGCAAAAGAUUCUGAGUGAUCUUCUGGCCCCUGUCACUGAUAAAGUACACAACAGAAUCCUGGAUUGCACAAGUCUACUGUCUUCCAGAAAUAAAAUCAAAGGUGGCAUCCUGAACACCUCAACCUCAAGCUGCAACACCACCACUUCCUCCAAGUCUUACAAUGAGUACAAGAAUAUUGCCUCUCAUGAGAAGUUGACAUCAUCACCUUCGCUGAGUGAACCUAAGACAGGCGGCUUAUUUGAGAUGAUGGCAUGCGGCGAAAAGAAAGGAGAAGAUCAGGUGGACCUGAAUGUCUGCCAUCCCACCGUCAUUGACAGGAGCGUCUUCCUCAAACGCAAACGUAGCUCAUCCGAGGAUAGCCAAGUGGACAGUAGCGACACCUGCAAGCGCUCCAAAUCUGAAGUGACCCAGAAUGAAGAGGUGACUUCCUGGAGUGCAGUGCUUUCUGACCUCAUAGACCCGGCUGACCUGGAGUGUUCUCUUUGUAUGAGGCUCUUUUAUGAACCAGUCACCACUCCUUGCGGCCACACCUUUUGUCUGAAAUGCCUCGAGCGAUGCCUGGACCACAACCCCAAGUGUCCCCUCUGCAAGAUGGAGCUGGAAGAGUAUCUGGCAGAAAGUAAAUACAACAAGACUGUCUUGAUGGAGAACCUCAUCUGCAAGUAUCUGCCAAAUGAGCUCAUGGACAGACAGAAAGUCAACGCAGAGGAGAUUGCAGAUUUAUCCAACCUAAACAAGAACGUGCCUAUAUUUGUUUGCACCAUGGCCUUCCCCACCGUUCCAUGUCCUCUUCACAUCUUUGAGCCCUGCUACCGGCUGAUGAUCCGCAGGUGUAUGGAGAUGGGUACCAAGCAGUUUGGAAUGUGCCUCAGCGAUAACCUCAAAGGAUUUGCCGAUUACGGUAGCCUCCUGGAGAUCCGAAACGUGGAAUUCUUUGCAGAUGGCCGCUCCGUUGUGGACACCAUUGGGAUAAGAAGGUUCAAGGUCAUUAAGCACCACCAGAGAGAUGGAUACAACACAGCAGACAUUGAAUACCUGGAAGACGUUAAGGUGGAGGUUGUGGCAGAGAAGGAGCUGCAGAGUCUCCAUGAUGCAGUAUACGACCAGGCCUUAAUCUGGGUCAACUCCCUGAAAGAAGAACAAAAGGAGAGGAUCGUGGAGCACUUUGGGCGCAUGCCAGAGAAAGACUCUGAGCCACAGGCCAGUGCCAAUGGGCCAUCCUGGUGCUGGUGGCUGCUGGCAGUCCUUCCCCUGGAGGGUCGAGCCCAGCUGCCCUUCCUGGCCCUGACGUCCCUGAAGGACCGACUCAGUGGUAUCCGCAGAGUACUCCUAUUCAUGUCCCGCAACCGCUCCUCUCGAUGACUCCAACCAUCUAUCUCCUCCAUGUGGGUGUCUGUUUUGUCUGUUUUUUGUUUUUAUCUGAAAGACCGCAUUUUAACAAAAGCCUUUGUGUUAAUGGGUUACUAUUGGCAAGUGGACUUUAAUUAGAUUACCGAAAUGUGAUACAAGGAUUAGAAGAGGCUACUUAUGGACUGAAUAUUUUAAAGUGUGCUGCAAAGGCGAUAGUGUUUUGACUUUGUUUGUGUUAUUAUUUAUGAACAUGGAACAUGUUUACACCACUGGGAGAAAAUUACUAUUACAAUGAUGACUUAUUAUUUCCAAAGGGUUUAUUAACCACAAAUGACAUAUUAUAAAACCCAAAACCCCUUAGAAUGUGUAGAAAAUUAGAGGGGAAAAUUGCAAUACAGCACAGUACCUUGUUCUGAUGACGCUUUUAACUGUAUCAUUCAGAGGAUAGUGAAAUUCUCUUCCUGUUUCGGUGUAGAUGAGUGCAAUACACCUGCAGUUAAAAUGAGCCAUCUCCUACUUACGAUGGAAUGUUUCUUGGUAUUUAUAGGAUCUACUUAGCACUGUAGUUGCAGCAACAGCGUAACUGAUAGUCCCUGUUUUCCAUGCAUGGUGAGCAAAGAGGGGUUGUGAGCUUUGCCUUCAACAAAGGAAGACAUUUUUAGUUUUGUUGGAUGUUACAUAUUUCUUUGUCCGCCAGACUUUUUUCAGAGUUUUCUACAGUUCUUUUUAUGUUAACGCUGAUAAACUUUUUAUACAGACGAUAUUGAACCAGGAUGGUUAUGCUGUGAAAUCUUGGGGAAAUGUGUUAAUUAACAAACAUGUUUUUUUAUUGUAAGGGGCAAUUUUAAGUUAUUGCAUUUAUAUAGGGCUUUCUUGGCUCGGCUAUUAUUUGCACCAGCUAUGCUCAUAAAGUUAGGGGUGACACAAGUGACAGACAAACAAAGUGACUGCAAUAACGGUCACCACUUGUGCUGCGUGAUUAUACAAAAAAAAGACAACGACGUGAAUGUGAAAAUGCAAAUAAUUGUAGACAAGGGAAAUAUAAACUUUUAGAGUGUAGAGAGUGCCGGAUUUAUCAGCCCUGCUGUUUUUACCACUUUCCAAAAUUCUAAAGUUUGAUUUGAUAAGUUUUACGUUUGGUUGUCAUGUCCCAAGCCGAAGACACUCUGAAAUGAUUUUCCUAACCAUUCGAAAAACUCACGAAGGAGUUGGAAGACUGCUUCCUGUCAUUUGAACCUCAUCGUCUUGUCUUUCAAGCUAUCGUCCGGUGGAACCAUAAACUGUAGCAUCAAACACUGUGAUUUCUAAUCUUUUUCAACAUUUAGUGCCUUAAGUUGUAUUUCUUCCAUGAUGCCAGUACCAAGAAGAAUAAUUUAGACAAAGAUAGCAUUCCAGUGAGGAAGACUUGGCUGAAAAGUCCAAACUAUUGAGCUGAAUAUGUGGUCUUCUCUUUCGAGGACACAAACAGUAAAUUUAAAAAAUCCAGUCUUGGUUCAUUGUGUGACGAGUCUUAAGGUUGUGGUUACAAAUAUUGGUAAAACUCAAAUCCUGGUUCAUUGUAUGACGAGUCCUGCAAUUGUGGUUACAAAUAUUGGUACAACUCAAAUCCUGGUUCAUUGUAUGACGAGUCCUGCAAUUGUGGUUACAAAUAUUGGUACCAUAGUUCUUAUAUCUUAUCACAACUAAAUGAAAGUCUUCUCAAUGCAAGGACACAAUGUGAAUAUUUUCUAUUGACUUUUGUAUAAAACAACAACAUUGAGACUUGGUUAAGGUUGAAUAAAUGUUUUUUGAAUAAAAGUUGAUUGAUUGGCAUGUCAAUUCAAGUAGCUUAUAUUUCCUCACCAAAAUCUCAUACUUUUACAUGUAUAUUAAUUUGAUCUGGCCGUUGCAUGUUAGCCAAAUUGUCAUUCAUCUAUGUAUUUUACCCAUUUACAUCAGAAAAUGCCAAAACAAUAGAAAUUCAAAGGUAGUACCUUUCUGACCUUUUUGAAUUCCACAUUGAACGUUGCACUAGUGAUCUAAGUCAAUCUACCUCUGACACUCCUGUAGCUCUUUCACCACAGAACAUGCUUAUUGAUUCAUAUUGACAUGUAAUUUGUUUCUAUGGAGAUGACAUGACCAUGGAGUCUUACUUUGGUGGUUGUGUAACACUUGUAUAAUGGCCUCUAACUGUAUGUGUUUACAAAAAUGAAUGUAUGUUGGCAUCUUAUCCAAUGUUAUAUUUUUUUGUUUUUAUAGAAAUGUAGUCAUUGCAAUGUUAUACAAUGUACAAAAAACACAAUUCUGAAUAAAAAAGGUUAUGCUCUUAAUUUGUGGAAUAAGGGCUAAACCGAUGGUCUUUAAUCUGAA